AUGGGUGUCGAGGUGACCAAAGUAAACAAAGGAGAACUUUUGUUUAUCGAUAAUCCCAACUACAAUAAGCUGAUUGGAGAACAUGCGCAUUUAAAUCAAGUCAAUGUUCAAGGCACAAGUACAAAGGACAAAUUACCCAUUCAUAUUAUUCUUGGGGCUAGCGAAUACGCUAAAGUCAAAACAGAAACUGCACCAAAGAUUGGAAUGUCGGGGCAACCGGUCGCAGAACUUACUAGAUUUGGAUGGACUAUAAUAUCUCCUGGAAAAGAACCUAUCGAUAUUGGAAACAUGUUGGCAUGUCAAACUACGCAAGUUGACUACGAAGAGUUAUGCAAGCUUGACAUUUUGGGACUCGAGGAUACGCCUACAAACAGUCAAGACACAGUGUAUCAAGAGUUCAAAGAACAGUUAGCGAGAGAUGAAAACGGCUGUUAUAUAACUGGACUCCCAUGGAAAGGCGAUCACCCACCACUUCCUAGCAACAAGGCAGGAAGUUUACAGCGACUGGCUAGUUUAACAAAGAAGCUCGAGCGGCAAGAUCUCACAGCAAAGUACGCAGAGAUAAUAGAAGAACAAAUUACCGAAGGAAUCGUAGAGGCCGCCGAAGGACCGAGCAUAGGCAGGGAAUUCUAUAUCCCUAACACACCCGUCUUACGUACUCAAGCUGAAAGCAGUAAAUUACGUAUCGUCUACGACGGCAUUGUUUGGUCUCGCGCCAUCUCCCUUUUUGCUGGGGGGAGUAAUCGAGGCUCAUUUGGAUACCUGGGAGGAAAAAGAACCGGAAGUGGUCUCGAGGAUCAGGAAAGAACUUUACGUUGAUGAUUUA